UGAAAGCGGCCGUGCAUUAAUUAUACAAUUAUGUUAUAUUACUCGGUAUAUAAUGUACUAUCAAACGUGAAUAUGUUAACGACAUGAUUGACACGUAAAGUCAAGCCUGAAAAAGUUUUUUGCUUUGUCAGUUUUGUUGGUAAUAUACGCAAGGAUAAUUAUUGGAAUUCUUCAAUACCGCCGUGUGAACUUGUCUUGUGCUGAUUAAGAAUUCUUUUGAUAUUCGUGUUCGGCUGGAUUCAUCAAAAAGAUCCAUUAUGCACUUUAAAACCUUUUAACAAGUACACGAAUAGGAUGCGAUAGGUAAUAAACCAAAAUCAAAAGCAUCUUUAAAACAAUUUAUAUUUUAUGAUAUGAGUUAAUGUUGAUUAACACAUUAUAUACGGUCUUUGUUGCGAUUUCCGUGGUGUGAGUUAUUAUUCCGAAUGAAUUGAUCUCUUUACCGUGAUAAAAUGGGCAAAUCGGAAGCGGUGUCUUCCGAAUCAUCCCGCGGGACUAAAUGGUCGGUUAAAGACUGGACAGACAGGAUCCAUGUUCCUGAUGCUUUACACUUUCGAAAUCCCUUCAAGCAUUCACUGGCAGAUGACGUUUUCUGUGGCAUUUGCGGAUGGACUCCCCAGUGGCUACAGCGUUUUCGUACCAUGAAGGUAUUCAUGCUGAUCUAUAUUGUCAUGGGAGUUUUUCAUGGCAUGUAUGGAUCAUACAUGAGCACCGUUGUGCCGUCCAUCGAACGUCGCUUCGGGUUCUCUUCCAAGCAGACCGGUAUCUACCGGGCCAUGGCCGACGUCAGCCGCAUUUCCGUAUCACUUAUCGUGGCCCAUUACGCCGGUGCUGGACACCGUCCACGAUGGAUCGGGGGCGGCGCGGUCCUGUUAGCCGCCGGUAUGUUCCUGAUGGCGGCCACGGAGAUUGCCUUUCCCGUUACGGAACGAUCCAUUGUGUCGUUUGUCAUAUCCAGCGCUGCCGAUAAAAAAGAAAAGUUCUGUCAGGCCAGUGCUUUCCUGAACGCUACCAGGGCUCCGCUGCCCGCGCAAUGUGGUGUUGGCGCCGCCAAACCGGAGAGCAAUGUGUACCCGCUGAUCAUGCUCGGUGUUUCGGAGUUUAUCAUGGGUUUGGGAGCGACGACUAUUGUUAUCUUGGCGUUACCCUUUAUCGAUGAUAACGUGACCUAUCGCAAUUCUCCAUUAUAUUUCGCGAUGUCCUUCAUUGGGCGCCUAUUCGGUCCUUUAUUUGGAUUCGGCUUGGGUGCCAUUUGCAGCAGCAUUUUUUUCGAUUUCACGCAUCCAAAUUUUGCCCAGACGGAUCCCCGCUGGAUUGCUGCAUGGUAUUUGGGAUUGCUGGUAUGCGCUGUCGGAAUAGCAAUUUCCGGAAUUUUCAUAACGAUGUUUCCAUCCGUUGUUCGAGAUCCCAGCGAGGCAUGCAAGGAUUUUUCCGAAUUCGAAGCAAAACGAAGAGCGAGCAUCAUGCGCAAGUGUGUGACAUUCAAAGAUUUUCUGCCGAAUCUGAAGAGACUGUUCACGAAUUUACCGUUCAUGAUUAAACUGCUCAGUCAGCUUUUGGAAGGACUGGUCAUUUCCGGUUACAUGAGCUUUUUGAUGAAGUUCAUCAAAGAACAGUAUCGGGUUUCUCAGUCGACUGCUAGUUUGGCGACGGGGAUUCCUGGAGUGUUUGCGGCCGCCAUUGGAAUAUUUGUGGGAAGUUGGCUGAUAAAGUUCUUUAAAAUGGAACCGCGGCAUGUGCAGAUUAUGACAGCUAUAGCGGCCGUUAUUGGCGCAGCGUCCUACUUCAUCGUCAUAGCAUUUGGCUGUGAAAACCAGAUUAUUGUGGGAAUUGAUGAUGUUGAUGACCCUUACAAUCUCACCAAUGCACCAUACUGCUUCAAUAAUCAAUCGUGCGGCUGCAUUUCCGGCCAAUUCAACCCGGUCUGCGAUCAAAGAACGGGACAAACCUAUGCCACAGCGUGCAUUGCGGGCUGUCGCGCAGCCAAAUUUAAAAACAACAAAACGAAGUAUUACGACAGUUGUACGUGUCUGUCGGAUACCAUGACGGACUUUGCUGACCCUUCCAAAUUCAAUGCUACCGAUAGCGUCGUUCCUGGACUGUGCCAGGCCAGCUGUUCGUCAUUUGCGCCUUACGUCGUGGUCAUGUGUCUAGCCAAACUGUUCUUAGGCGUCCCCAUCGCUGGGAUAGUCAUGAUGCAGUUCAGGCUUGUAGACUAUGAUUUGAAGAGCUUGGCCAAUGGUCUGUCGUCUGUGGUAAUGUCGUUGUUCGGAUUUCUACCUGCGCCAAUCAUAGCCGGCGCUAUCAUUGACACUACAUGCCGCUACUGGCAAAAAUCUCCAUGCGGCGACACUGGGUCCUGUUUAUUCUACAACACACAAAGUUUCCGUUGGAAACUCCAUUUAAUCGUUGCAUGCUUCAAGAUUGUCACCUGCGUUUUCGACUUAAUAAUUCUUUGGUUUGUGUGGGAUAUGAAGUUUAAUCGCGAUACUCCAGCGGAGUCUCUUCCUCCCAAAGAAGAAAUCUCGGACGAGAUUUCUAGUGAUCAUGAAGCAAAGGAAAGAGAGAGCAAGCCGCCGCUGACCCCUAAAGUUUCGUUCCCCUUAGACGUAAUGGCUCGGAGUGGCUUUGCCACUAUUCGCGAGGAAGAUUCUGACGAGAGUCCGCCGUCUGAAGACCAUCUGGAAACCGUGUCCACCAUAUCCGCUGUCAGCCAACCGCCCCCGAUCUCCCCGACCGCGCCCAAGCGCGUUCGCACCAUGACCAUGCCGGCACGUUCCGAGACGCCUGACCGGGACGAGUUCCAGAGAAACAGACCGGAUAUGAGACGGAAGAGCCUGGCAAUGACGAUGGUAGAUGCCAUGAAUGCCAAGGCUAUCGCGGAAAAUCACGAAGAUACGGAAUUCCUGGCCCCCCAGAUUAUCGAUGCCAGAAGAGGGUCGCUGUUGUUCUGGUAGUUAAGUGGAAGAAUUUUGAAUUCCAUCUUCAGUUUUGUUAGUCGAUGAAACUAUAGUUUUGUGAUUGUUAACUGAAUACUACGUAAAGUAGUACUUACGUGCCGGACUGUGCAAUUACUUUGCAAUUCUAAAUUAUAAAUAUCACUAUUAUAUCAGUACUUCUGUAUUUUAACUUUUAACAGUGUUCCCAGUUUUGGCGCUGUGCCUGAAGUUGGCCCAGAAUAUCAAAUUAUGUGAAAUAUACGGAAAGCGGAUUGCGGUGUAUAAUAAUUAUUAUAAUAUUAAUUGUUAAAUGUUGUAUCUGCUGUAGUCUGAUGCUGCCAGUUAGGGUCUAUCCAUUUUGCGGUGUACGUACCAGCUGUAGGAGCAUUGGCAGACUUUACAUAGU